UGCCAGUCCCAUAACUGAAUCAAUCCAUUUAUUCCUCUUCCCAUUACUCUGAUCACAAUUGCCCCAUGGCCGCCUCAAUCCGCCUCCGACGUCUCGGCGCCGUCGCCGCGGUGGCUGGCAGUGCGUACUUCACCGUCCUCGGCAACCCCCCAAUCGCCGCCAGCGACCGCGGCGCCGCCCUCGCCAAUGUCAAGCAGAGAAUUGCGGACCCCUCCGCCGCCGUGCCGUCGCGUGCCGUCCAGGAGUCCGCCCUUAUCGGCUCCAGCGCCUCAAACCCCCUCGAUGUCCUCGUCAUCGGCGGCGGGGCCACCGGCUGCGGCGUCGCGCUCGAUGCCGUCACGCGCGGCCUUCGCGUCGGCCUUGUGGAGAGAGAGGAUUUCGCGUCCGGCACUUCCUCGAGGUCUACCAAACUCAUCCAUGGAGGAGUCCGUUAUUUGGAGAAAGCUGUUUUUAACUUGGAUUAUGGGCAAUUAAAGCUGGUCUUCCAUGCUUUAGAAGAACGCAAACAAGUUAUUGAGAAUGCCCCGCACCUUUGCAAUGCCUUACCUUGUAUGACACCGUGUUUUAGCUGGUUUGAAGCAGUGUACUACUGGAUGGGUUUGAAAAUGUAUGAUCUGGUAGCUGGUAGGCAUUUGCUCCACCUGUCAAGAUACUAUUCAGCACAGGAGUCUGUUGAACUCUUUCCUACUCUAGCAAGAAAGGGAAAAGAUCGGAGUUUGAAAGGAACCGUUGUUUAUUAUGAUGGACAAAUGAAUGAUUCGCGUUUAAAUGUUUCAUUAGCGUGUACUGCUGCUUUAGCAGGAGCAGCUGUAGUGAAUCAUGCUGAAGUUAUAUCCUUUCUCAGGGAUGAUGGUACUGGGCGGAUAAUAGGAGCUCGGAUUAGAAAUAAUUUAUCAGGCAAUGAGUUUGAUACAUAUGCCAAAGUUGUAGUAAAUGCUGCUGGUCCCUUCUGCGAUUCUGUGAGGUUGAUGGCAGACAAAGAAGCAAAGCAAAUGAUCAGUCCCAGCAGUGGUGUCCAUAUAGUGCUUCCCGAUUACUAUUCUCCAGAAGGAAUGGGGUUGAUUGUUCCCAAGACCAAGGAUGGGCGUGUUGUCUUCAUGCUUCCCUGGUUGGGAAGAACAGUUGCUGGCACCACUGACUCGAAUACCUCUAUUACGAUGCUACCAGAGCCGCAUGAGGAUGAGAUUGAAUUCAUAUUGGAUGCCAUUUCUGAUUAUCUUAAUGUUAAGGUAAGGCGCAUGGAUGUCUUGUCUGCUUGGAGUGGCAUUCGACCAUUGGCUGUUGAUCCUAGAGCCCAGAGCACUGAGAGCAUUUCCAGGGAUCACGUAGUGUGCGAAGAUUUACCUGGUUUAGUCACAAUUACCGGUGGAAAGUGGACUACAUAUAGAAGUAUGGCAGAGGAUGCUGUUGAUCUAGCUAUUAAAUCGGGAAAGUUGAGCUCAGCAAGCAAGUGUGUGACUUACAACCUACAACUUAUAGGUGCCGAUGGAUGGGAUCCUGCUUCUUUUACCAUACUAGCCCAGCAGUAUAAGCGCAUGAAGACAUCAUAUGGUGGGAAGGUUGUUCCUGGUGCAAUGGACACCGCUGCAGCAAAGCAUUUAUCACAUGCUUAUGGAAUUUUUGCUGAGCGAGUAGCUGCCAUCGCUCAGAAUGAAAAUCUGGGCAAGCGACUAGCCCACGGGUACCCAGUCCUGGAGGCUGAAGUUGCAUACUGUGCUCGGCAUGAAUAUUGUGAAUCAGCUGUUGACUUCAUAGCCAGAAGGUCUCGCCUAGCCUUUCUCGACACUGAUGCUGCCAGGAGGGCAGUGCCCCGUGUCAUCGAGAUAUUGGCUUCAGAACACAAAUGGGAUAAAUCGAGGCAAGAGCAGGAACUGCAAAAGGCUCAAGAAUUUUUGGAGACCUUCAAGUCAUCAAGAAAUGCUCAAUUUCACGAUGGCAAACAUAAAUAAAUAUGUACACAAUCUGGAAAACCUCUUGGACAAUUUUCAAUACUCAAAGGUCCAUAAUUUCUUUAUAAUUUUUAAUUCAUAGUUUGUCUCAGUAUUUAAUCUGCUACAUCACUGGAGUGCUAGCUAGUGUUGCUGUGAAAUGCAAUAUGGGCUGCUCUCUUUCAACUUUUGCCCCCAGGCACAAGAUUAAAAUAAAAUCAACACAUCAUUCUACCAAAAACACUCAGAAUAAAAAUGUGGAUUUUGGCCUUCUCAUUAUCAAUGUUCUUAAUUUCGUUUGUUUACGAUGCUAUGAAUUGUAAAUUACAUGUAUCCCAAUCAAGUGAAGUUGUGGUCUCGA